ACCGCCGGGAGCGCGCACCGCCGCGUCCCCAGCUAUGGCGGCGGCGGCGACCUCGCAGCGAGACCCGGGCGAUUGGCAGGACUUCUCGGGAUUCCAGCCCUCCGCGGGGAGCGGCCCCGAGCCUGCCUGCGACAAGGGCGGCUGGGGCGGCGGGGAUCUCGGCGCGAAGCUGUCCCUCUGCUUCGAGCCCCCGCAGGCCCGGGCUGGCGGCGGCGAGAGCCGCGUUCCGCUGCGGCCGCUCACGGAGCAGAGCGCGCUGCAGGACGACGAGAUUUGGAAUGCCUUGACUGAUAAUUAUGGUAAUGUGAUGCCAGUUGACUGGAAAUCUUCCCACACCAGAGCUUUGCACUUGCCAACACUGAAUCUUUCAGAAAAAGGGGUAAAUGACAACUUGAACCUUGACUUGUCAGAUGAUGAAGAGCUGAGAGAACAGUUGGAUAUGCAUUCUAUCAUUGUUUCCUGCAUCAAUGAAGAGCCACUCUUCACAGCAGAGCAGGUGAUUGAAGAAAUAGAGGAAAUGAUGCAGGAAUCACCUGAUCCAGAAGAUGAUGAAACCCCCACCCAAUCAGAUCGGCUCUCUAUACUUUCCCAGGAAAUUCAGACCCUCAAGAGAUCCAGUACAAACAACAGCUAUGAAGAGAGAGUCAAAAGAUUGUCUGUUGCUGAAUUAAAUGAACUGCUGGAGGAAAUUGAGACUGCUAUUAAGGAUUAUUCUGAGGAACUGGUGCAGCAGCUGGCUCUACGAGAUGAGCUGGAGUUUGAGAAGGAAGUGAAAAACAGCUUCAUUUCUGUCCUCAUUGAAGUACAGAACAAACAGCGAGAACACAAAGAAACAGCAAAGAAGAAAAAGAAGCUGAAAAAUGGUAGUCCUCAGAAUGGCAAACAAGAAAGAGGUCAUAUGCCUGGAACACGCUUCAGCAUGGAAGGGAUCUCAAAUGUCAUACAGAAUGGCUUCCGCCACACGUUUGGAAACUCGAGUGGAGAGAAACAGUACUUGACAACCGUCAUUCCUUAUGAGAAGAAAAAUGGACCCCCAUCUGUUGAAGACCUUCAAACAUUAACCAAAAUUCUGCAUGCCAUGAAAGAGGAUAGCGAGAAAGUGCCAAGCUUGUUAACAGAUUAUAUUUUAAAGGCAUUGGUUUGAAAGCUGGAUUGCUCUGAGUUCUGUGUCCUACAUGAAGAGGGCUGCCUUUCAGAACUAGCCAUGCUCCUUUCUGUGAUGAGAAGCUUUCCUUGGAUAUAACUCAUAGUAUUUUUUCAUUUGGCACUAUACCUAAAGCAGUAUUCAUUUACCUCCUCCGUGUGUGUGGAUUUUCUGAUCCUACAAUAAGUCAUCUGGGCAUGACAACUCAUCCAGUUUAAUUUAAUAGUGCAAUGAACUGGAGCAGGGAACAAAUGUUGUACAGUUUUACUUGCAUUGUUCUGACUUUUUAAAGUCUAUUUUUUCAUUGAAUAGCAUGUAGUAAAUCCUCCUGCACAUUUUGUUAUUGGAAGGAAAGGUAAACUUUGAAUAGUGUAAAUAAAAUAAGCUUCAUUUUAAGGAAUCCAUAUUUAAAAGCAUCCUUAAUUCCUAAACAAAGAUGAAAAAAUGAUGUUAGUCAGACUUGCAAUUUAAGAUUCAAGUGAGUUCUCCAGGACACUCCAGAAAGGUGAUUGUGAAAGUCAGCAAUCAACUGCUUUGUAUACAACAGAUUUGUUCAUAGAUGAACAAAUCCAGAUUUCUUGGUUUGACAUAAGUAAUUGUGUGUUACUUGUUCUUGGUAUUAACACAAACAUCUGACUAAUGUAAUAUUUCAUGUUUGGUUUUAUUUUAAUUAAUAAUGUUCAUGUGGCUUAGAUAUUCUCCCAUAUUGCUGCUAUAAUUUUACUGGUUUUAAAAGGUGUUUUAUCUUAAUGAAAAUGCUUCAAUAUAUAAACAUUUUAAAAGGCAGUAUCUUUUUAAAAAUACAUGUACAGUUUGAAAAACUUGCACCUGGCUUACAAGUUAGUAUUAUGUUGAGAUGCUUGUUGUUAUGUAUCUCUGAAUUUUACUACAAAUAUCUCUUGUAAAUUGUAUGCACUGUCUCCUCUGUGAUGAUGUACCUGCAUUCAAACAGAUGAGAAUGUAUUUUAUAAAUCCUGUAAAAGAAACGUAUCCCAUAUUCUCAACUUUAUAUACUUGUCACAAGUAAUUUUGCCAGCCUAAAAGAUGAGAUUGAAAUGUAAGAAGUGCUAAUUUAAAAAACAAAACCCAAAAAACCUGCUUUUUUCUAGGUUGAAUUUCUAUUGAUUCUUCAUCCAGAUGUAUAUACUGAAUAUCUGAAGGCGUUGGAAUAUGAGGUUCUAAAGAGAUAAACCUGUUUUCUUCAGUUUUUUUCCAUCUAAAGUCUUCAGGGGUUUUGUUAGUUAAAGAGAAAUUUUAUCCUGAGUACCCUGCAUCAUCUUUAAUGUUCAGCUUUAUUAUCUUCACCAAAUAUUAUUUUGAUCAGUAAAACAGUAUGGUUUGAAGAUAGUUCUCAUAAUGUUUUUCAGGUUUUUCAGGUUUUUUUUUUCUCAAGGCCUCAAUAUUUUUGUCUUUUGUGCCUUUAUCAGCCUAAAAUUCUUUUUCUCCUCCCUCUCCCCCACUUGACCACCAAUGUAUACUUGCCAGCCUGCUCAGGAAUAAAUAGAUCCUCUCCAUAAGUGUGGCAUAUGUGAAGAAGUUUUUUUUGUUGCUUUAUUUUAAUUCAUUUGUGGUUUCUCUAAAAAGAAAGCAGCCAUUUAUUUCUGUAGCUGAUGUUUUAUAAAUUCAUUAUGGCAUGCGUUUUGUGUUGAAAUUCUUGAUGUUGACUGUUGAUGCCUGGAAAUGGGCAAAGGGGAUGACCCUGCUUCGUUUUAAAAAUGGUGCACAUGUGAAACCCACCAUGUCUCUGUGUGAGAUUAUUCAGAGGUGCUUCAGUCUCCUGGUGAGGCUUGAAGUGACAAGAUGGAGCAAAAUAAAACAACAAAAAUUAAGAGAAGAGUAAAAAAUUGUAAAAAAAAAAAAAAAAAACAACAAAAAAAACUUCUGUCAGAGUUAAUGUUACUUGUAACAAAUCUUGGAUGACUUAAAGUCACAAACUACUAAAAGUAAUGAAACUGGAAAUAAAGACCAGAAACAGCUUUAGUGAGCUAAGCAUCUGCUUGGGAAUUUCAUGCCUCUCAUCAGACUAAACUAAGGUUUCAUUAUGAAAAGUACCUGUUUACCUUGUAUGCAUUAAACAACAACUGCCAAAUGUGGCAAGUAUUGUAUGUAUACCUAUAUAUGUACAUAAACAGAUCUCAGAACAUUUGAAUAAAAAGAACCAUGCUAA